CUUGCCGUCAAGCUUGUUCCAGUGUCCAGUUUGUCAGCGUGUGGGUGAGCCGUCAUGAGGAGACUGCUGCUGCUGGGGGUGACUGCCUUGUGUCUCUGCAUGUUUGUCGUCGCUGACAAACAACCCGACCGACAGGCAGACAAAUCCUCCCCCGAGACCGACGGAGUGUUGCAGCUGAAGAAGGGAAAUUUCAACAGAGCACUGAGAAAACAUAAGCAGCUGCUGGUGCACUUCUAUGCUCCUCUGACUAGAGAAGGCCAUCGAGUCUCCAAUGCGUUCGAGGGUGCUGCUGAAGAGCUUCAAGGGUCAGAGGUCAAACUGGCUGUGAUUGAUCAGAAUAAGGAGAAGGAGCUGGCAAAAGAGCUUAAUGCGACAGGCCUCCCUGCAAUCAGGCUGUACCUUUCUGGAGACAAACACAACGCUAUAGACUGUCCUCUCCCUCAGAGCUCGGCCUCCAUCUUGACCUGGCUGAAGAGGAGGGCGGGAUCUGCUACUGACCUCAUCGCUGAUCUCAUCCAAUCAGAGGCCUCAGAGGAGCUGAGAGUGGUUGGGUUCUUUAAGGAGCUGGAUCACGACUACGUCCAGGUGUUCUAUGCUGCAGCGAUCGAGCUUCCUGAUCUUAACUUUGUCGUGACACAGGAUGAAGAAGUUAUCAGCAAAUAUGGUCUCACACAUGAUGUUGUACUGCUGCUCAAAAAGUCGGAGCUCAUCCAGGCUUAUAAAAUGAUGCCUCAGACAUCCAAAGAGGAGCUGAUCAUCUUUAUCACCGUCUACCAGAUGGACCCUGUCACCGAGUACACUGGAGAGACAGCCACUCAGAUACUAACAGCACCUGUGUUGAACCAUGCCCUCCUCUUCGUCAACAAAAGCUCUUCUGACUUUAAAGACAUCCACAUGGCCUUCAGCAGCGCUGCAUCAGCAUUCAGACUGAAGAUCCUGUUUGUGUUUGUGGACGUGGACGAGCCUCGUAAUGGCAGAAUAAUGGAGUACUUCCACGUUCGGGAUUUCGAGGCGCCUCUUAUACGACUGAUCAAUCUGACGGACCACGUCACCUACCAGCUGCCGUCUGACACUCUAGAUCUACAGACCAUAAAAACAUUCUGCCAGUCCUACUUAGAGGGCAAGGCCAAGCCUAAGAUGCAGAGUGAGCCGAUUCCUGAAGGGUGGGACAAACAGCCGGUGAAGGAGCUGGUGGGAACGACUCUGGAGCAAGUCGCCUUCAACCCCAACAAGACUGUUUUUGUCCUUUUCUAUCUUCCCUACAGUCACGAGUCCCGCGCUGUGUUUCCGCUGUGGGAGGAGUUAGCCGAGGCCUUGAAGGAGCGAGAGGACGUGGUCGUCGCUCGCAUCGACGCUUCGGCCAAUGACAUCAACCUGUCGAUGCAGGGCGCCUACCCGUCGCUCUGCCUGUUCCCUGCUCUGCAUGCUGAGAGGGUGGUGGUUUACCGCGGCAAGAAGAAGGUGAAGGACCUGAUUAAGUUUUUAGACAAAGAAAUGAAGAAAGCCAAAAAAGAGAGAGUUAAGGAGGAUGAAGACAGGAGGAAGUACAUCGAAGCCAUAAAAGCUGAAGAAGCACAAAAAGCCAAUGAAAGCAAAGACGAGCUUUAAUCCAAAGAGAGCAAGAGCUCUGUGUGUGUGUGUGUGUGUGUGUGUGUGUGUGUGUGUGUGUGUGUGUGUGUGUGUGUGUGUGUGUCGUACCUUUCAGUCAGUCAAACACUCUCUAAACACAGAUCUGGUUUUAUUUCCUCUACCUGGCUGUCAUGAAGCACCUGUCCGAUCAAAUCCAAUAAAGAUAAAAACUGUGA